AUGGCUCUUGAAAUUGACGGCCUCGAAGAUAUCGUCAGCCAAUCGCACGGUAGCUCCUUUGGGGUGGCUAAGACUGCAUCCUUUGUCUUACUAUCUUAUAUUAUAUACAAUGCUGUCUAUAACUUAUACCUUUCGCCGCUGGCGCGGUUUCCCGGCCCCAAACUCUGGGCUAUAUCCGACAUCCCACGACAGAUAAGCAUCGUGCGAGUCCGUGCACAUCUAAGGAUAUUGGCUCUUCAUAAUCAUUAUGGCCCUGUCGUGCGAGUCGGCCCGCACGAGCUUUCGUUCAACAACCCGCAAGCCUUUCAGGAUAUCUACGGAUUCCGUCGUAGAGAAAAGGAAACACAUUUCCCAAAGGACCCAAAGCUCUAUGCCACCCAAUUGAGUGGAAUGAGCACAGCCGUUGGCGGGUACACAGAUAAUGAAACCCAUACUAGGCAGAGACGGUUGCUGCCCCAUGCCUUCUCCGAGCGGUCUCUGCGAGAACAAGAGGGAACAAUCGUUCAUUACGUCGAUCUCCUCAUGCAGCGACUGCGAGAAAGAACGAACCUAGAGAGGACCCACAAAGCCGAAGUAGACUUAGCAAGAUGGUUCAAUUUUACUACUUUCGAUAUCAUUGGGGAUCUUAUGUUUGCUGAACCAUUCGACUGUUUGAAGAGCAAUCAAUUGCAUCCAUGGAUCCACCUCAUUUUCAGCUCUUUGAAGGCUUUCACGCUUCUAAAUUUUCAAGAAAAUCUCUUACCGAAAUCGCUUGUUCGGCAAUUGCUAAGCCAUCUUGACCUCUGUAAACAAAAAGCAGACCGCCGGCUUGAGGCUGGAACUUCUCGUCCGGACUUCAUAUCCGCCAUUCUGAAGCAUGGGCUCGGUGAUGAAGAGGGCCGCUUCAUUGAGGACCAGCCCAUCAUGAGCAGGUCCGAGAUAUACGCAAACUCGGCUUUAUCGUCCAAGUGCACUCCUCUUGCAUAUCUAAAUGCAGUCCUCGAAGAAUCACUUCGGAUGUAUCCCCCGGUAGCCGCUGGCGAUCCGCGCCUUGUCCCUCAGGGCGGAUCUACCGUGGGCGGCCAUGUUCUCCCAGAAUAUACAACCGUUUACGCACAUCGGUACUCAGCACAUCAUGCGGCCGAGAAUUUUGCACUUCCGGAACAAUUCAUUCCUGAGCGAUGGAUGGGCAACGACUGUAGAUUCGACUCGGACAAGAGAGAUGCAGUGCAACCAUUUAGUUUAGGUCCUAGAAACUGCUUGGGCAAGAAUUUGGCGCACUUGGAGAUGCGUUUGAUUCUGUGCAAGCUGUUAUUCAAUUUCAACAUAGAGCUUGCACCGGGCAGUGAGAAUUGGAUCGAUCAGGAGGUGUUUAUCAUAUGGAAUAGGCCAGCGCUUAGUGUGCAGUUGACAGAUAGAUUUGCUUGACUAGCGGGAGGAAAUAUAUACCUCUUAC